GGGUUCCAUGUUUCCUGCAUUUGUAUUUCUGUUUAUUUUAGCCUCCAGCAGGGACCCAGCACAUAGACAAUUAAGUUCCGGUUAGAACUGUGGUUUCAUUUUUAGGAGCAGUCAGUACUGCGGGGCGCAACUUCCCUCUCGCGUAUUCUGUGUACUUCACGCUGCCCUGCAUGGGAAGCUGCGCCUUUGGUGCAGGACGCUGCAAGCCUGUGGGGCAGUCCCCUCUCCCCAUAAAUUUCAUCACACCCGCUGGGAGAAGAUCUUGGAAGAGUUUCUGGAGAAUUACCAAAGAAGACAAUACAGUUUACCGGGAGUGAGAAAAAACAAUGGAUCCAGACUUUUUAAAUGUGUUUACACAGCCUGCUGCACUUGAUCAGUUCCUAGCUGAGAAUGUCAUCGCUCAAGGUGAGAAGAAGAAACUCAUAAAACCAACCUCAAGCAACAAUCCCAAAUUGGAAGAAUUAAAACUGUUAUUGAUUGACUGGAUUAACACAACUCUGAGAGAGGAACACAUAGUAGUUAAAAGUCUGGAGGAAGAUCUGUAUGACGGGCUUGUACUUCAUCAUCUCUUGGAAAACCUAGGAUCUCUCAAGCUGGAUGUUGACAAGAUCGCAUUAACAGAAAAAAAACAGCGACAGAAACUCUCUGUGAUUCUGGAAACUGUGGCUAAGUGUUUGCAACUGGAAAAAAGUCAGCUGAAAUGGAGUGUGGAAUCUAUCUUGACAAAGGACUUAGUGAGCACACUGCAUCUUCUGGUUGCAAUAGCAAAGCACUUCGAACCCAACCUGGCCAUGCCUCCAAAUGUUCAAGUGGAAACAAUCACCAUUGAGAACACCUCCAGAGGAUUAAAAACAUCAAAUGCCGUGGAAUAUAUCACAGAAAACAAGGAGAAUUUAGAAGCACAGUCAGAAGAUGAUGCCUUUGAUGAAUUAUUUAGCCGUGCUCCAGAUAAACUGGAUGCUGUAAAAAAGGUAUUACUGCAAUUUGUCAACCAGCAUGUUGGAAAAUUAGGAUUAAAUGUGAAAGACAUCAGCUCUCAGUUUGCAGAUGGAGUUAUCUUACUUCUGUUAAUUGGACAACUGGAGGGUUACUUUCUGAAUUUAAGGCAUUUCUUCCUGACUCCAGACAGCACUGUGGAGAUGCUUCACAAUGUUAACGUUGCAUUGGACUUGCUGGCAGAUGGAGGUCUUCUGAAUUUUUCUGUGAACUCUGAAGAUAUUGUGAACGGAGAUAUGAAGACUACAAUGCGAAUUCUGUAUUGCUUGUAUUCCAAAUACAAAUCCAAGGAAACAUGAAGAGCAAGGCCAAGAGCUUGGACUUUGUUUUUUGUUCUUUUUUUUUUUUUUUUUUCCCUAGCAUAUCAUGCUCAGAUUUUUGGAUUCCCAGCUCUGUUUGCCACUGCAAGUGCAUGCACUUGUGUCUGACACUUGUUGUAUUAACAUUGUAUAUACAAGUAUGUAUUCAUGCAAGUUUUCACGUAGGCCUGAGUAACUAAGUAUGUGUGUGUCCAGGGCCAGUGUAUUGUGUAAUUCUGUGGCUGUAGCUCUUGCUCCAGACCCUGUCUCUUGUUCUGUCUGAGGCCCCCUAAUGCUGCAAAGAAGUGAAUUCUAGGCUCUGCAAUCUUUGCUUCUGGAGGUAAAUUUGGAAGCUGUAAUUACAACCUCCCCACUUUCCUGCUUGAGUGACUCUAGAAACUAGAGAGUGGAAGGACCACAACAGCAUCACUGGGAAGAGGAAGAUUGCAGACACACUUGAAGCUCAAGUUCAAAACCUUCUUUAGACAGGUGGCCAGCUGUUCUCAGACAAGAGGAUAUGGAUUGGACACCAAACGCAUAGGUAGCAGAGAUGAAAGCUGAACUUACCCAGUGUCUAAUACAGUUCCACCAUCUGCCUGCUCAAAUACAGAAAAGGGACUCAACAACAUGCUGGUUUGACACUAUGCUGUAGCAGAGAGGUCUCCUGCACAGCUGUAGAAAAAUGUCUUUGUUUCCUUGCUAAGCUAAUGCCAAACUGUGGCCAGCUCCAGCCUUUUGCAGCCCAAAUGUAAUGUCUGAGUAGCAAGAAUGCCAAUUCCUGGGUCAAGCAUGUUGUAAGAGUGACUAACAUGACCGCACUUUCUCUCCAGUAAGAGGUAGACAGAUGCUGUCUUCCUCUGCAGCUGGUAGAGGUAGAGGCCAUCAUGGGUGGGAGUAGUGAAACUCUCAGCUUCUGCCACUUCCGACAGCACACUCAUGCUGCAGGGACUCUAAAACCCCUCUGAGACUCUCAGCUGGAUUUGUUCAGCAACCAUCCUCAAGCAUCCCAGCAGCUCCCUCUGGAUGCAGGAAGGCUAGUUGCAAUUUCUGAUAGCUGUCACCCUCGGUCAUUGUUGAGGGUUUUAAAUCAGAACUCCUUCAAAACCUCCGUAUACUCCCUUGACCUUAAAAUUACGUCAUGUUUGUGUUGCAUAAAGCUUGAGAUCUAAUGAAAAAAAUGUUUUGAUAUUAUUUUGGCUUCCAUCUAAACUUAUUUAAUUUCCUGUCGUCAGUGACUCUGACAUUUGAUCUCUGAUCUGAUCCUCCAUCUGUGUGUUAAUGGGAAACCAAAGCUUGCCUAGUGCAAGGGCUGACAUUUACAGAGAAUUUGUUGUGUCUACCUGAGGAUCACAUGGCCUAAGAAAGAUCCUUAGAUAGCAGCGCUGGUAAGUGUUCAAGUUCUGCCUUUGAUAAUGGUAAUACUGCACAGCUGCUGGAGGAAAGGGUUCUGCAAACUGCCCUGAGCCUUUUUGCACCAAUGAUUAUCUUGUUAUGUUUUUACAGAGAAAAAUCCAAUGCAUGGUGCCAAUGAGCUGCAAGAUCAGCUUGCUUCCCUAGCAAAUGUUGGUUGUGUGUGCUGUUUUGAACGAUUUAAGUAAAGAAUACUUGUCUUUUUCAUGUGCAA